AUGAAGACCGCUCUCGUCCUCGUCGCGUCUACCCUCGCCGGCAAGACUCUUGCAGGCGCUGGUAACCAGUCGCCGUCAUGCACUGAUAUCUCGUUCCCUGUCACCGUCACUGCAGCCAAUGCGAUCAUUCCCAUCACCACCCCUAUCACCUUUCAACAAGUCUCUGGUACUUACAAUAUCGCUGCGCGUUAUUGUGAGCCCCAGAACUUCGUUGAGUCGCGUGAAAAUACCCUCCAAGUGCUUGUCCAUGGCAUCACCUACACCCGCAACUACUGGUCUGGUGAUGGAACCCUAGAAACUUCGUAUGAUGGCGCCAUGUACAGCUGGAUCGAUUUCGCCUCCAAGCAAGGAUAUCCAACUCUUUCCAUUGAUCGUCUUGGCAAUGGUCUUUCCGAUCAUCCCGAUCCUGUAAAUGUCCUUCAGAGUCCUCUCCAAGUCGAAGUCAGCCAUCAAAUCAUUACCAUUGCCCGCAAUGGCAAUCUUCCAAUCUCGAAGAGUCGCAAGUUCGACAAGAUUGUCUAUGCUGGUCACUCUUAUGGCUCCGUCCUGGGUAAUGGUCUGACUGUCAAAUAUCCGAACGAUGCCGACGCAACUAUCCUGACAGGUCUUACCUCGAAGUACAACUUCGGCUUCAUCGAGUCUGUCUUCGUGCCAGCCGUAGUUCCAGCGUCGACAGUGAAUCCCAAGAAGUGGUCGACACUGAACUCUGGCUAUCUUGCAAUCGACAACAAGACUGCAUUCGAACUAGGCUUCUACUAUCCAGGUUACUUCGACCAAGGUCUCGUCGACCUCGAUUGGGAGAAUAGUGGAACAGUCGGAGAGGGCGAGCUGGAGUCCGCACUUGUAUUCGGCCCUGAGGUUGCCACAGGAUAUGUGAAUCCGAUCUUGGAUAUCACUGGUCAACAUGAUUCCCUCAUGUGUACCAAUCCUGAUCCAAUCACUGCUCGAACUCCUACUGGGCUCUGGCAAACAUACAACUGCGGAAAUGGGGACAAUUCGAGUCUCGCCGAAACCAAGAGCUUGUACCCUAACGCUGACUAUGAGUACUAUGCCCCUCUGGCUAGUGGUCAUUGUUUGAACUUCCACUACGAUGCUCAGCUUACUUUCGAUUAUGCCCACAAUUGGCUGAAUUGGAAUGGCUUUUAG